AUGAUCAAUGUAUGCAAUACUUGUCUGACUGGUGCGAUAAACACAGUCCGAAUCAACAACGAUUUAGGGGCCCGCGUCAAUCUCACCAUCCACCCUCAGUCGGGAGACGACGACCUUGGUUGGCAUACUCUCCGAUACAAACAGGAUUUUCACUUCAGUUUCCAUGAAAAAUUUGGAAGAACACUAUUUUUCUGCAGAUUCGUGUGGAGCAACCAGUGUCAUUAUUAUGAUGUUUUUUCAAAGCACAGCCACUGCUAUUUCUGCGACUAUUUUGUGAGACCAGAUGGCUUAUGGAUUAGGAAUUUCGAGAAGAAAACAAAUGGAAAUGCAUUGGUAGAGAAAAAGCUUCCUUGGAAGUCUGACUGGUUGUCAUAG